CCAGUUUGGGCCCCGCUUCGGAGCCCAACGUGGGCCCAUCAUCGCCCCAAAGUGGUUAUUGGAUUUUGGCUCAAGCUCUAUGCAGUAGUGGUCUUGGCGGAGCGCGGUUAGGAUUUGUUUAUCAGGGCGGCGUUGUCCGUUGAAAGCAACGGUGACCUAACCAUGGACGAAACCUUACCUUUGAUUACAGUAGCUCCUUGGCUGGAAAGGAGGGGUAGUAGCUGGGGAAAGACAAACACCUGUUUGGCAUCGGUUGGCGCAUGCCUUGCUCUGUGUUUCUGGGCGUCGUGCUAUACUGUUGUCUCUACGGGCGACUUGCACAAGGAAAACAAGUUGCGCGCGCUACAAGGAAACCAGGCCUUGAUUUCCUCACAAGAAGCUGUUGCACGAGUGAUCUUGGUAAACGCCUGUGAAGGAAUGGGCACGUUUCCCACAACGCUGGCACAGUUUUUAAACCUUACAAGCAGCAGUGGUCAGAUUGGUGUGAUGCCCUGUGCGAAGGACGGGAGAGUGGUCUCGUGUACGGAGAACGUUUCAGACCCUCUGCCGCUUUCUGAGUACUAUGAGAUGUCAGGCUGGAAUCUCGAUGCGUUCAGUCCAGCGAAGGGCGACCUGCACCCAGAGAUGGUGUUUUGCAUGAAGUCGCUCGGGUCGGGGUUCGGAUGUGAUGAGCUCGCCCUGCCGGGGCCGAGGAGUCUCAGCGCUUGGAGGCAGGCAACGGCAAACGCAACGCACGUUGGUAUACUCAGCCUGCGGAAGAAUUUUCUCGAGGCGCUCCACGUGGCACCUAUUUACUUUAAUUUUUCAUCCGCUCGCGAAGCAGAGGUAGCUGAUAUCCUGGAGCAGAAUGAACUUGCGCCAGCUUUGCCAGGGAAGGGAAUCACUGGAAAUUAUGUCGUAUAUCAUUGGCGGUCCGAGGCUCUCAGCCAGAUCAACUAUUCAUUUUGCGCCGAGCGUUUGGUUCAGCAUGCGCAUGCUCAUGCGCCCAACUUACAAAAGGUUCUCGUCUCUGACUUGCCAUUUAAUACCAGUGCUUUACCAGCACUCUGGGACACAAAUGCAGCAAAAAGAAUAGGUGCAAACCCUGGCGUCAUUGCUGCACGUAAUGUCCUGUCUGACGCUGGUUUCACCAAGGUGGAGUUCAUUGCCCCAGCCGCUGGUUACGAUCUGAGGUAUCGUGAUCUCGGUCACGUAAGCAUCUGGGAUACAAUCAUUGCACGUGGGGGGUCCACACUUGCAGUCUGCACUGAUCCUGCUUGUGAGCCCUGCUAUCGUCGCACCAGCUCUUUUGGAAAGCAGCUCGUCCAGCACUACAUAAUGCACCAUGGUGAUGCUGCUGUUGUGCACACCAGUUGGAUGUGACGUAGUUGGCUGGUGCUAUCUUCGACCUCAGCGGCCAGGCAAUGGUCCAGCUCACCGCGGAUGCGCAAUGCAUCUGGUGCAAUCAAUGUUGCGAGCGAUCAAAAAGCGUGCCGCAGGCGCGAUGUUGUUGUUCUGCAACCUGUGUGAUGCAAUCCAUCGCUGGCGACGGGCGGCGACGGGGCGGCCACGGGGAAGCGACAGCGGCUUAAUAGUCGCCAGACCGAAGACACGGCCCAUGCGAUGGGCGGCGACGCGGCGGCGGCGAGGCGGCGAUGGCGAGUACAUAGCCGCCAGACCGGCCACGCGGUCCAGUUUUUUGG